AAACGUCAUUUCCUGGUCUUGCAACUGACGUGUCUAAAACAGUUUUAGUGGAGGUAGCUAGACUUGGGAGGAAAUGUUUCAUCAGAUAGUGUAUAUCUGAUUAGAUUUCCUUCUGGAGGUGGAAGGCACUUAAAAGACAACUUAUUUAUUGCGGGGGUUUUCCGUUUAACGUUGUUAGUGUUUGUUUUCUUUACAUUUGUAUAUUAUCUCAUGUACGUGGUGUCAAGAUGCUGGAUUUCUUCACCAUCUUUAGUAAGGGGGGCAUAGUGUUGUGGUGUUUUCAGGGAACCGGUGUUACUGAAUCCUUCACCGGGCCUGUCAACGCGCUGAUCCGCUCCGUGAUCCUUCAGGAACGCAGUGGCAACAAUUCCUAUACUCAUGACGCCAUGAGUCUUAAGUACAAACUCGAUAAUGAGUUUGAGCUGGUUUUUGUGGUAGGUUUUCAAAAAAUCCUGACGCUGACGUAUGUUGACAAGUUCAUAGAUGACGUACAGCUCCACUUCAGGGAUCGCUAUAAGAAUGAGCUGGAGCAAAAGGGGGCCCUUGCACUGUUGAACAGCCAUUUUGCGUUUGAGGAUGACUUCAAACUGCUUCUUCGUGAGGCGGAGGAGAGCAGCAAAGCUCGAGGUCCCACCUCCAUGAGGAGCUUCAAUGCUUCCCUGAAAUCCCAGAAAACUGUGAAGUCCAUGAUUGAGACAAAGGGAGGGGAUAAGGGCAAGGAACAGGGUGGCAAGAAGAAUAAGAAUGCCAAAAAAGAGGCUCCUGCUGCUGAGCCUAUGAAAGGGGAAAAAGCCAAGGCUCCGGCCAGUGUGCAGAAGACAGUGGAGAAUGAUAACCAGGGCAUGACUCAGGAGGAGAUCAUUCAGAAGAAGAGAGAGGAGUUUAUCCGCAAGCGCAUGGGGGCACCUGUGGAGAAGCCCAGUAAGUCCCCCAAGCCUGCAAAGGAGAAACCCAAGGGGAAAGAGAAGCGGGUGUGGACCUUGGGUGGGUGCAGCACCAAGGAACUGGACUACAGCCAGAGCAAUGGCAACGGAGCCCAUGCUGCUGGGGAUCAAGGCCUGGACGCUCAAGCUGACCCGGGGCUGCAGCUGAGCUCGAUGAAGGGUGACUUGCUCGCCGUGGAUUACGAGUCCAGCGAGGGAGAUGAGGAGAUGGAGGUGGAGGAGGAAGAUGUGGUGAAGAGGGUGGUAGUUGCUGACACUAGCAAGAAAAUCCCCAAAAAGGGUGCUUUUGGGGGGAUGUUUGGGAUGCUCAAGGGCCUGGUGGGUUCCAAGAGUCUGAGCCAGGAGGACAUGGAGCCAGUGCUGGACAAGAUGAGGGAUCACCUCAUCGCUAAGAAUGUAGCAGCCGAAAUUGCCUCUCAACUCUGUGACUCUGUAGCCAAGAAACUGGAGGGCAAAGUCAUGGGCACCUUCACCACUGUGGCCUCAACUGUAAAGGGGGCCCUGCAGGAUUCCCUGGUCCAGAUCCUGCAGCCCAAGCGGCGUAUGGACAUCCUGAGAGACGUCCUGGAUGCUCGUACCCAGCGCAGGCCCUUCGUCAUUACCUUCUGUGGGGUCAACGGGGUCGGCAAGUCCACCAACCUGGCCAAGAUCUCCUUCUGGCUGAUCGAGAACGGUAUCACUGUGCUGAUAGCAGCCUGUGACACGUUCCGUGCGGGGGCCGUAGAGCAGCUGCGUACCCACCAGCGCCGCCUUAACUCCCUGCACCCCCCUCAGGACCACGGGGGACGGCCCGUAGUGCAGCUUUAUGAGAAGGGCUACGGGAAGGACGCCGCUGGCAUUGCCAUGGAGGCUAUCGCCUAUGCCCGUAACCAGGCCUUUGAUGUGGUGCUGGUGGACACUGCUGGGCGGAUGCAGGACAACACCCCCCUGAUGACGGCCCUGGCCAAGCUGAUAGCUGUCAACAUGCCUGACCUGGUGCUGUUCGUGGGAGAGGCUCUAGUGGGCAACGAGGCUGUGGACCAGCUGGUGAAAUUUAACCAGGCGCUGGCUGAUCAUUCCAUGUCUGAUAAACCUCGUCUCAUCGAUGGGAUUGUUCUCACCAAGUUUGACACCAUUGAUGACAAGGUUGGCGCUGCCAUCUCAAUGACCUACAUCACAGGCCAGCCCAUUGUGUUUGUGGGCACGGGGCAGACCUACAAUGACCUGCGGAGCCUCAACGCCCGUGCUGUUGUGGGCGCCCUCAUGAAGGCCUGAGUGGCUGCUGCCUGCAUCUGUGUCCACCACCAUCGUGACAAAGCCAACCAAACACCGCGCUUUAAAAUGUCCGGUCCUGCGGCUCACAUCCUAACCAUGAUCCUUCACAUAGCGCAAAACUCACAAGCACACAGGCUUCCUCCCAUCUCCAUCCGGGAAAGGGGUGGGUGUUGACUUUUAAGCAAGAUUUGGAAAGAGAAAUUGCGCUAAGAGUCUCUUGCAUCAUCUGUAAACUGAUGUUCCAAAUUCAAAAGUACCUCAAUUGUUUUUGUCCUCACUCACAGGUUACUCAGAUUGUCAAAUUCACUUCCUGGCAUUUGGUGUCUGUUUUCCCCCUUCACUUAAACAAGGAAAUGUCAGGUAUGAAGGCUUGCUGGAUGCGACACGUUUCAGCAGCCGCCCCGUCCCCGAGGAAAGCUUAGUGACCAUAGUGCCUAUCCUAUCCCAUCCCCCUCUAGUCUCCCUGAAGCAUCACCACUGCACGGGUUACUGUCUGCUGAUAUCUGAAACUUCAUCAACAAGACUACACUACACCCAGUAACUAUCUUCUCUGUUUCUCUCGCUCUCUGGAUGGACUGAUAGUUCAUCCAGAUAACUUUAGUUGUGACAUUUUGGGGGGUUAAAAGUCCUCCAGAGGCUUCAGGGGUCUACACCUUAGUCUCUGGACAACUGGAGCACUAGGAGGCCUCAUGUAGCUUUUCUUUAGGACUUCCCCUUUGUCAUUUUGAAAACAAAAAUACAAGUCUUACAUUUUUCCAGUCCCUUUAAUUUUCAGUAUUGCAAUGAGAAUCAAGAGUUACAUAGAUUUGUCAUUUAUGAGAAUGUAAACAUUUCUAAAAUAAAGCUGCUAUGAUAGCAUGUAACAACUUA